CUCGUCAUCGCCAAUGCUCCUACACGAUUCGUAAUUGCCUAAUAUAUUUUGUUCGAAAUAAUGAAAUACGAAAUUUGCCUCAGUCCACAAUGGACAAUGACGAAGAAAAGACUGCAAAUGUAUGACUCCUUUUCAAAUAACGACAAAAAUUCCAAUGUUUUAUCAUUGGACCACUCCAUUUCGAUGAAAUUUUAGUAAUACAAUUCACAAAUAGGCAUAUAUAUUCAAAUAGUUUAAAGAUUAUUAAAAAAAAUUCUAGGUUACAUGUUGUUCCGAUUUAUUAUCAAUUGAUACUGAUUAUUUUACACCAGAGUAGACGAAGAAGACGAAUCGGAGUCGAACACUUUGUCAUCGGCAGAAGAGGAUACGAACCAAUCCGACUACGUGGAGGAAGAAGAACCAGUUCGGUUGGUGCCAGCCGCGGGACGCACACUCCACCGGGCGGUGGCCGCGGUCACAGCGGGCUCGCCGACUGUUCACCCGCGAAAACGUCAGCGGCGCAAGGGCGGUGCCGAGCCAGUAUUUUUUUUUUUUUAUGAUAAGGUAAUAAAGAAACGUUUAUUUACAACAUAAAGACAUAAUACAAGUGAUCGCCAGCAGACGGCUUUUGACGGAGGAAAGGAGAGCACGCAACAAUUAAAACAACAUUAGUUAAGAAAAACAAUUAUACAUAAUAAUUAUUCGGAGUCGCAAACAAUGCUUCGCGUACAGGGUCGGUGCGGAGAGAGAGCGAAGCGGUGGUGACGUCGAGACGAGCGGAGCUGUGGACGAUGACCGCUGAACGCCGACGGCAAGGGGCGUGGCUGACGUCUGCCUCGAGCGACGCGCAGCGGGAAGAAGAAAUGAGGCGCGAAACCCGCCACACCAGUAUAGAUUCGAUAAUGGAAAUCGGUGUAUCCCCACCAUUGUCCAAAAUUAACUAUGAUAAUACUAUCAAUUAAAUAUAAUCAAUUAUUUAAAUUAUAUAAAUUAAAUUAAUGUAUUACCUAUACUAUACUUCCCAUUUCCCACUGAUAAUAACUUGAUAAAAAUUAAUUUGAAUAGGUAUUAACUGUUAUCAAUUAAAUUAUUGUUAUUAUCAUUUAUCUGUUCGUUUAAUAUUUCGAGAGGAAAAUAAGAGGGGAUGAAACCGGUGUAAAUAGUUUGCCCCAUAUGCAUGUUUUGAUCUAGAAAAAUUAAACCGGUGUCGUUAAUUUUAACACUGAUUAUUCUUUAUUCUAUAGUUACUCCUUAAAAUGUUUCAAAUUCACAUUAGUUUGAUUUUUAAAAUAAAUUUACACCGGUUUAUACCAACAAAUGUUGAUUAUCUAUUAUAAAACCGUUCAAAUCGUAGAUAUCAAACAAAAAUAUAAGCUAUGAUUCAAAAUUUCAAAUCGUUUCAAUCUUAAAUUUAUUGUUUCACCCAAUUUUAUAUUUUAUAAUUAUUUUUCAUGGUGUUCAUCAAUUAAAAUUAAAAACAAAUAGCAUAUAUUAUAACUUUAAAAUAUGGACGAUAAAUACUACAUGACAAUAUUGUCUCAGACGUUUUCUCCAUGUGGUAACUAUUUGAUUACUGGUAAUAAUUAUGGAAUAUUAACAGUAUACAAGUAAGUUAAAAGUUUCAAUAAUGUAAUAGUUAUCUAAUUGUGUUUAUAAGUUAUGUCUUAUGCAAUUAGUUUGAAGAAUGAAUUACACUCUGGGAUUGAUGAUAACGAUGAAAAUGUAUCAGCAGGUCAAUCAUAUCGAUUUGAGAUGAUACAAAAAAUGCAAAUAAACAGUAUGGAAUCUAAUGAACAUUUUUUAAUUAUUGGUGGUGUUGGUGUUAUUGUUGGUGUCGAUUGGGACACAGUCAUUAACAAUAAUUUUAGUGAAAACAGAAAAAUUGGACCGCUUAAAAUCAGUUGGAAUAUAAGCAUUCCACCACCCAAGUAAAGUUACAUUUUUAAUUAUGUUUAUAAUAAAUUUAAUUAUUUGCAUAAUUUUAGAGAUUCAAUGUUAUCCAUUGAUGUAAAUUGUUUAGUAAUAAACAAAGAAGAUAAUAUUUUAUAUGCAGGCUGUGGUGAUAAUGCUGUUUAUGCAAUUAAUAUAGAAUAUGGUGAAGUAAUUCACAAAUUUGAAGAGCAUAGAGAUUUUAUUCAUUCUAUUGAUAAACUGUAAUACUACUUUAAUUAUUAAUGUAGUAUGAAGCAUUAACUUACUAAAAAUGAUAUUCUUGUAGAGAUGAGACAUUAGCCUCUGCAAGUGAAGAUGGAUCUGUAAUAUUUUGGGAUAUUCGUUCUAAAAAAUAUACUUUAAAACUCAUUCCUAGCAAUAAUUCAGCUAUUAAACGACCAGACCUUGGAAAUUGGAUUGGUUCUGUUACUAUCACUAAGGAUUGGAUGGUAAAAUAGUAAACAAAUUAUUUAUUUCAAUUUAAUUUAUAGCUGUUGUUCAAUAUUCUAUUAUACAAGUGAUUCUCAAAUUUUUGUAGGACCGCGACCGAAAUUUCCUUCCAAUAAUCUACUGUGACCCCCAUAGUUUUACAUAUAUGGAAUAAAAAAUUAGUUUCAAAAAACAAAAUUAUUUUUAUUACUUAUUUACUACAUAAUAAUAAUAAUAUAAUAUUUAAUUAAUAAUGAGGUGGAUGUGAUGAAUGUUCUUGUUUUUUGCUAUUGUUGAUAACAGCACUAAUGUCGAAGUCAAUCUUAGCUUUUUUCAAAUGCAAGGAGUUCGAUAAUUGGAACUUGUUUUGGUGUUUGUUUUUGAUGCCCAUCAUUGCCAAAAAUCCAACUUCGCCUAAGUAUGAAGAUGAGAAAGGUAGUAAUACCUUUAAAGCUUCAAUUGAAAGAGUUAGACAUUUCUGUUGAGCUGACAGCCAAAACUCAAUCAAAUUAUUAUGGCUAAAUUUAAGUUUUAAUGAUGUACGUAUCUUCAGAAACAUCAAUGAGUUCUUCGUCGGAUUUUGUUGAUAUCCCUGUUAAUAUAGCGUCCUGAAAUGUAUUCACAAUUCAAUUAUUUUGUUGACAUUUUUCCAUUUCUUCAAGGAAGUAAAAGUUGAAGUUGUCUCUCAACAAAAUUAAAUACAAAGUGAUUUAGGUAUUUAUGUCAUCAGCAACUUUUAUAUUAUUUUCGGUUAUGAAAGUUUGAAAUGUUUCAAAACAAUCAUUAUUUUGCUUUGCGAUAUUUGUAUGCCAUAAAGUUAGUUUUUUUAUAAAAACCUUUAAUUUUUUCAUGAACCGCAAAUAUAUCGGCUCCUUCUGUUCCUUGUAAAUAUAAAUUUAAUUUGUUCAGUUUCGAAAAUAUGUUAGCUAAAUACGAGAGCUUCUAAAUAAAUUCUUUAUUGUGCAACGAUUUUGGCAAAUCAGUUUUUUCUUUUAGAAACAGUGCAACAUCUUCGCGGAGUUCCAGAAGUCUUGUUAAUACUUUUUUCUUUACAGACAACUGGUUGCAAAGCGCCAACUUUAUCAUCAUCUUUUAUCGAAAUAUUUUUGAGAUAACAAUGUACCAAAAAUACAUUUUUGGUAAUAAUAUCAUAAUAAUUUCGACAGUAUAAUAAAUAAUUAUAGGACGAUUGUAGUAAAUAAUGAUAAAAUUUUAAAUCUGUCGCUACAUCGGGAUUUAUAUUACUUUAUUCUUCUAUAGUUCGAUAAUUUAAACAGUUUCAAAAUACAUAAAUUUCUUACAAUCUGUAUAAUUAAAAAAACAUCUUACUACCCCCCAAAAAUUGACUCACAGUUUGAGAAACUCUAUAUUAUACUAUUAAUCAUAAAAACAAUAUAUAAUGUAUGUACUUACUUCUAUAGUUUUGUAUUCAUAUUCUUCCACUAAUAUUUUAAAAAAAAAUUUAAUAAUUGAAGUUAUUGGAAUACUUAAAAUGAUAAAAUAAUUUUUUAAGUAAGUAAUUAGUUCAGUCAACGAAGCACAUAGAAAUAUAUUAUCAAUAUAUAUAAUAAGUAAUAUAUUAAUGUAUUAUUAGUUUUGAAGCUUUGCAAAGAUAUUGGUUAUAUUUUCCUGAUUGACCAAAAAACCUCUCUGUAGUCCGAAAGUGUUUUCCAUUUUAGUUUUUAUGUGGGAUUUUAGAGUUUUUCAAUUAUCAUUAUAAAUAUUAUAUUUGUAGCAAAAUGAGUUCUACUCAAAAUUAUAGAUGAUAUAAUUUCAAAAAAUAUGAUUCUAUACUUUUGUCUGUAAGCUGUAUAAUAAUAAAAGUAAAUCUGACUAUGUUUUAUAAUAUUGAAUAGUGUGCACUAUAAUAGCUGUAUAGGUUACACGCUGCAGAACGUAUUAUUUAUCUAAAAAUUACAUAUUACAUAACUAUAUAUAUAUAUAUUUUUUUUGUCAACCCUAAGGUUGUUCUACAACUCCCAUUCUCUAUUCUAAUCGAUUACUCGCCUUUUCCUUGAUUUCUCUAAGCGUUUUACUCUCGCAUCACUUUUUAAUUGUCCUAUAUAAGAGUUUCGAAGGUGUCCUACUGUUUUCUCUCCCUUUAUCAUACCCUUUAUGAUUAUAUUAUGUAGUUCUUCUGGAUGUCUCUGGGUAUGUCCAAUCAUUUUCCAUCAUCAUGUUCUAAUCAUAUCUAUGAAUAUCCAUUUUUCUUUUACAGUUCUUAGUACUUCAUUUAUUUUGCCAUACCAUCCAACUUAUCCCUUCCAUACGCCUCUAGCACCAUAUUUCAAAAGCUUCCAAUUUUUCUUUUUAGCAUUGUUUAUGACCCAAGUCUCACUUCCAUAUGCAGCAACACACUCCAUACAUAUGUUUUAAUGAGCCUCUUCUUGAUAUCGAGCUGCAAAUUUUUCGACGUGAAUAGUUUGUAUUUCUUCCUGAAUGCAAUUUUUGCCAACAUAAAGUUGGUAUAAAACACUAUUUGAUUACUCUUGUGCUCUUACCAUCAGAUGUUAUUUUGUUCUCCAGAUACACCAUUUCCUCUACCUACUUUAAUUCUUUACUAUAUAUGUAUCCCUCGCCAUUUAUUUUUAGGUUUUUGGCACAUACUAAAAUCUUCAUUUUUUUGCUAUUUAUUUUAAUUUCUGAUAUUCUGAGCAUUUCAGUCAUUUCAUCUACUGCAUGCUAUAUGUUACCUUCAUUCUGCUAUCAUCACGAUAUUAUCUGCAAAUCUUAUUAAAACAUUUUGCCCUCCAAUUUUUAUUCCAAUAUUUUUCCAUCGGUGGAAAAUUUAUUUUCACUGAAUCCUUAUACAUACGCAUGUAAUCGACAACUGAUAGACAGUUUAGAUUUUGGCAUCUUUCACAACACUAUUCGAAUUAAACGAACAUUAACAUAUGACUGAAGACUAUGAUUACCUACUAAUCUGACACCAAUAUUAGUUUUGCAUUAGUUAUUUGUUGUUAUCGCGUAUCGCAAUGUUAUCAAGGUUAUUUAUGGUCAGAUUACUUUUUUAUUGUGGAUAUUAUUGAUGUUUUUGAAACUUUGUGAAUUAUGUAUAUGUACGACCAGUUGGUCUUCACAAAUAUAACCUAAAAUGGAAAAAUUUCAAAAAAUGCUUUAAAAACCAAAAACGUUUCAUUUUAAAUUCUCUGAUGUAUGAAUCGAAUUAUGUACUUGGAAAGCAUUGCUCUAUAACACCCACUAAAAAAUGUAUUUUGCAUUAAAGUCUGUUCCCUAUUGAUGAUUGUGCCUACCCAGCAAUUUGUUAACACCUCCUCCCCCCUGUUUGGGAAACACUGGUAUACAUAAUUUAAUGUUGAAUAUAGUUCUAUUUGUUAUUAAAUAACAAAUGAUUUUAAAGAAUUAUUAUUUUUAAUUUGCAUUUAAUAAAAUAUUCAUGUUUUUUCAACAUUUUAAGAAUAGAUACAAAAUUUAAACUUUCAUUUCUACAUUUUUGUGAAGGAUGGCUCGGUAGUUCGUCUUCAAUGGAAUUUAAUUUUUCAUCUGAAUCACAUGUAUAAAAUAGUAUAAAAGACUUUAAUAUGUUUUGUGUGCAACAGAAAACUUUAAUACAAGUUUAAAAUAUUUUGGAUCUGAUGAUAUGUCUAGUCUCAAAACCUCUUUUGUAGGAGGCUAGCCCACAAAAUUAAAUUUUAGAUUCGUUAGUGACCUUUAUUUACGUUUCUGGUGCACCAUAUAAUUUGAUUGUAUAUUUGUCAUCGGCUUUAAAAUUAUCUUCUGGUAAGGAGUAUGGACUAUUCAAAGACACCAAUUACUUUUUAAAGGUCUAGGUACUUUUGAAGAAACUUAAAAUGAUUAAUUUUCUGAUAUUAAAAAAGCAUAAAAUUAUCACAUUCGCUGAUAGCAUGUACAAAUAAAAUUUAUAUUUCCAUAUAGUCUAGUUUUUGAAUAUCUUGAAUUGAAGACAUUUUUUUGUUAGCUUUCCCUAUUCUUGGUUUCAAAUAUAUGAUCUGAUUUUUUCUGGAGUUAAUAAUAUUUCCUGUAUAUUGAUGUCUUGGUCAAUUUAUAACAAUCACGGUUUGAUUAAUGAUCAUUAGAAUAGUAUCAUUUACAAUUAAUGUGUCUGCAUCAUCUACAAAUCAAAUGUUUUUUCAUCUGUCAUUUAUAUUUGUAUAUUGCCUAAAUUAUUUUAAUACAAAUGACACAGUUUUAAAUAUGGAUAGUGUAUGUUAGCAUGGGAAAAUGGUAUCAUUUUUUCAGACAUUGUAUAUUCUUUCUUUAAAGAUAUCUUAAAAUAUUGUUUCUAUAAUUUAGAAGUAGCACCAUUGUCUUUGUGAUUAUUCAGUUAAUUUUUAAACUUUUUACUUAUUUCUAUUACCUACUACAUUUUAAUUCCAGAUUUGGUCCAAUUUAAUUGGAUUAAAACAUGGAAGUAUAUCAUUAAGUUGACUACACUUCUUAUCUAAUAAAAAAAACUAAUAACAAACAGGUUAUAAUAUAUUAUAAUAAUAUAGGUAUAUAAAUGUCAUUUUUAAGUUCUACAUAUAUUUGUGCAAUGGGUAUUAUAUAGCUAUUAUUGUAAGCGUUACUCAAUAUUAUGAAACUCAGUUGGACUUACUUGAUUUAUUAUUCAAUUCACAGAAAAAGUAUAGAAUUUUAUUUAUUUAAAUUGUGUAAACUAUAUUUUUGUAUAGAAUAAAUUUUGCUACAAACAAUGUUUUUAAUGAUAAUUAAAAACUCUAAAAUCACACAUCGAAACUAAGGUGGCAGAUACUUCUGGAUCUCGAAUGGAUGGCAAAUUUUUUUUGGUCAAUCAGAUCAUAAAUGUUUCUGCCAAGUUUCACAACUUUUUCAAUUUAUUUCAUUAUAAAAACAUUAAUUAAUUCUAGACUAAAAGUUAAAUACUUAUUUGAUUAAAUUGUUUUAAUUAUUUAAAAUAUAUCACAUUCAUAUCUAAAAUGUAUAGGUAUCCAUUGAACAAUUAAACUAUUUUUAAAAUUAAUGAAGUAUUUCAGAAUUGAUAUACAACGAUGUUCUUAGAAAAUUGUAAAUUUUAAAAUUACAAAUUUAACAGUAGGUAGAAUAUUGUACUACAGCUUAAUGUUUUAUUUUACUAUUAGUUAUGUGGCGGUGGAUCAAAAUUGUCAUUAUGGAAUCGAUCAAUGGCUGCUCCAAUGACAGUAUAUAAUUCUGUGGAAGAUUCUGGAAUACACGUUACUAAACUAAUGGAUGAAACAUUAUAUGCUGGUGGAUGUUCAAAGUACUUUUAUCAAUUAUCAUUUACUGAUGAAAUUCUGUGUAAAAUUAAAACUAGUCCAGUUUCAGUUUAUACUUGUAUUAAUCAAGAAAAUCCAUUCAAAGUAAGUUUAUAUUAUGCAAUAUUUGUAUUUAUCAUUAUUCCAUUAGGAUAAAUUAAUUAAAAAUAUGAUAUGUUUACAAUAAACUAUUAGAAAAUAAAAAAGUUUAAUUAUUAAAUAAACAUUUUAUUUUUAAUUUUAAUAUUUAUAAAAUAUAAAAUAAUGCAUUUAAGUGGUUACACUUAAUAUUUUGAAAUUACUCUUUUCAAAAAAAAAAAAAAAUGUUUACAACAUACAUAAACAAUUCUAAAAUGUUACAUUAACAUUAUUUUUACUAGUAAAACAACUAUUACUUUUGAUUUGCAAAUGACAAUUGACAACGUACAUUAAAAAUUUAAUAAAUAGAUAAAUACAUUUUGGUAUUAACAUUUUUAAAUUCCAUCAACCCGUUCACUAGAUAUUUCACAUUUAAAUUUGGGUAGGGGGAGAGUAGUAGUGGAGCACUAUUCAAAUGCUAUAUCCCUUACCACCACAAAAAUGAUGUACGAACAGCAACCAUAGUAUCUAUAAUCAUGGGAUUAAGAUAUACAGGACUGGACAUUGUUAACAUAGGCAGAAGAACAAACAUAUAAUUAGUCUUUGUAUAGCUUCAAAAUAUUUUUGUCGUUGCUGGUUAUAAGUAUUCUGUAUGUUUUGAAAACAAAAUAUUUAUUUAUUAUUAUAUAUUAUUAUACCUUAUAAAACUAAAGUAAUUAAAAAUAUUUGGUACAUAAUUUAUGUACAAAGAUAUUUGUUUCUAAUUAUUAUUCUCAACUAAUACUAAAAAGCAUAAAUAUAUUUUAAAUUACUUAUAAUCUUAUAAUUAAAUUAAAGUAUAUGUUUAUUCUUUUAAAUGUUAUACUAUUUUUUUACCUAACACAUAUUAUAUUUAAUGAAAAUGAACAUCAAAAUAACUGUAAGUGUUUCAUUUAAAACAGUUAUUUAUAAUUUAUUUUUAUUAAAAUUCUUAAGUACAAACUUAUAAUAUUAAAAAAUAUAUACAUUUGUAAAGUUGUACGCUAUAAUAAAAACAAAAUACUUAAUAUUUUUAAAUAGUUAAUAUACUGCAUAGAUAUUACAAUACUUAUGUUUAUAAUUUUUUAUUGCAUAACUUAAUUUUAUGAUCAAUAUAUGUAAUUUUGUUUCAGGUAACAUGUCUUGCAGGUUCAAGUCAUAAAAUAGAUGUUUGUACUAAACUAAAUUAUAAAAUGACUACACUUGGAAUCUAGGCUAUAUACUGGACAUUUCAUUUUUAAUAUGGAAUUGCAAUUCGAGAAAAAGAUAUCUAAUUAUAUUAGAAUUUUUUUUUUUUUUAUAUAUAUCAUAUUAGUGACAUUUACAUAUUGAAUUGUUUAUUUCGCUGUAUUUUCAAUAUAAUAAUGCAAUAAUAUAAAUUAACUAUAAUAGCUAUUGUAAACAGACUAAGUAUAUCAUAAUUCAUCAAUACAUUUUUUUUUAUUACACAAUACAUUUUAUAAUAUUGUAUUCAUUUAUAUUAUAUUAAUUGCAAUUUCAAAUGAAUUUUUGAUACCUUUUUGUACUUUUUUAUUUGUGUAAUUCAUAACUUAUUACCUAUCUGUAUAAUUUUUAUAAAAUUUAAUAUAAUUUCACAUAACAAAUGAAUAUGUGUAAUGUAUAUAUUAUUAGGGUGUCUGUUAUUUUGGACUCAAAUUUAUUAUUUAACAUAUUGUUCAGUUAUUUAUAUUGAAUAAAAAUACCAUUCAAAUUGUAAAACCAUAUAUCAAUAUUAACUGAUUCUUAGAUUUUAUAUACGGUAGGUAGUUAUUGUUAUACUUGCUAUAAAGUAAUUUUUUCUUCCAGAAAAUACUUUCUAAAUUUUUGACUAAUGGUAAUUUAUAGUUCAAACAAAAAUUCCCAAUAAAUUUUAACAAAAAUGUCUUGCGUUGUUUUUAUUUUUUAAACAAUGGUUAAUAAAAUUAUCAAAUUUUUUAAUGUUACAGCAAUUGCUUUAAAGAUGCAUUUUUUUUUUAUUACAGUGGUUUAUUAUUGUUUUUAUAGUUGUUUGAUGUACAAUAAAUAUCCUGUAUCUUACUUGAUGAAUUUCUUAUCCACACAAGUAACCUGGCAAUGGGACAAAGUCUUUUUUUUUCGAAAUUUGUUUAUUUCUCAAGGUAAAUCAUAUUUUGAAAUGAAUGAGUCAGUAAUUUGUUUUGUAGCCACACAUCUUAAAAAACUGAUUUACUCAAUAACUAUUAACCAAUUAAUUUUAAAAACUAAUGAAAGGUAUAAAUAUAAAUAAACAAUACACGCUGUAGAUAUGAUACAAAAUUCAUAUAUUUUAGAUGAUUCUAGAGAAUAAAGUUCCCAAUUUUUCGUAAAUUGCAGUUAAGCUAUUAUUCAAGUUUUUAAAUUUAUUUUUUGAAACUUAGGUAUAUCAAUAUAUUAAAAAGAUUGAUAUAUUUCACAUGAUGGGAAGGCUACUGUUGUAGGUGAGAAGUCCCUCUAGAGAGGAAUUUAAUCUGUAUCUGUAUGCAACAUUGCAACAUUUAACCAUUGCUAACAAAAAACGAUUCAUAU